GUGAAUGCAUCGUCGUUCCCUCUCGGGCCUCGGCUGCUAGCCCGGCUAUUGUGCGGGAGACAAGUCCCGAGCACUCGGACAUUUAAAGCGGCAUUUUCCCCCUCUUAUGUCUGUUCAACGAAUACCCAACACCGGUCUGCGUCCCCCCCCUUUCUGAAGGGAUAUCCGCGCUUCCGGCGGAUGAUUUGGAGCCCCCGGUGGAGUAGUUAGUAGGCAUGGGACGGACGACUGAGAUUUGAUCGUGCGUGUCUCGACUUUGGACGUAAAACAACAACAAAGGGAGGACAGACCGAGACGAAGACAAUAAGACCGAGGAGACAAAGACAAUAAGACGCAUGUAGUCUGACUCCGACGCUGCAGCGAUCGCUUUUAAAGGUGAAAUUAGAUCAUCUCCCACGCCACACCAGAUCAUACCUCACAGCACAGUGGUUGAAAAACACUGCCCUAGGGGACCGAAAGCAAUGGAUGUCGAGCGGAUCUAACGUGAUAUUGUGAAAGUCCAAUCCAUAGUGGAUCUAACAUAACCGUGAGAGUCCAGUCUAACGUGGAUCCAACGUUGCUGUGUUUCAUUAUUCCACUGCCACAGCUUGACUAUGGGUUGCGUCAAGAGUAAAGAGGACAAAGGCCCUGCGCUGAAGUACCGACCGGAUAACAACACCAAUAACACUCCCGUCAAUGCCCACCUGGGCCACUACGGGCCGGAGCCCACCAUGAUGGGCUACUCGCCGGCAGCGAAGAACCUCAAUAAUAGCUACAACAGCCACGCCGCUGCCAGCGCCCUCACACCUUUUGGUGGGGCGUCGUCCACCAUGACACCCUUUGGCGGCGCCUCCACCUCCUUCACGUCGGUGGCUGUGAGCAGCCCCUUUCCCGGUGUAAUUACAGGCGGUGUCACAUUCUUUGUGGCGUUGUACGACUACGAAGCGAGGACGUCGGACGAUCUGUCGUUCAAGAAAGGGGAUCGCUUCCAAAUUAUCAACAACACGGAAGGAGACUGGUGGGAGGCUCGUUCCAUCAACACGGGACAGAAGGGUUACAUCCCCAGCAACUACGUGGCCCCCGCUGACUCCAUACAGGCCGAGGAAUGGUAUUUUGGCAAGAUGGGCCGCAAAGACGCAGAGAGACUUUUAUUGCUACCAGGAAAUCAGCGAGGGACGUUCUUGGCUCGAGAAAGCGAGACGACCAAAGGUGCCUACUCUCUGUCCAUCCGGGACUGGGAUGAGGUCAAGGGAGACAACGUGAAACAUUACAAAAUCCGAAAGCUGGACAGCGGCGGUUACUACAUCACCACCCGAGCUCAGUUUGAGACGCUACAGAAGCUGGUCAAACACUACACGGAACACGCGGAUGGUCUGUGCUACAGGCUGACGACGGUGUGUCCCACGGUGAAGCCGCAGACUCAGGGCCUGGCCAAGGAUGCUUGGGAGAUCCCCCGAGAGUCUCUGCGACUGGAGGUCAAACUGGGCCAAGGCUGCUUCGGAGAGGUCUGGAUGGGCACGUGGAACGGUACCACCAAAGUGGCUAUCAAGACCCUGAAGCCCGGCACCAUGUCGCCAGAAGCGUUCCUGCAAGAGGCCCAGAUCAUGAAGAAGCUGAGGCAUGACAAGCUGGUGCCUCUCUACGCCGUGGUGUCCGAGGAACCCAUAUACAUCGUCACCGAGUUCAUGGGCAAAGGCAGUCUACUGGACUUCUUGAAGGAGGGAGAUGGCAAAUAUCUGAAGCUGCCCCAGCUGGUGGACAUGGCUGCACAGAUUGCAGACGGCAUGGCCUUCAUUGAGAGGAUGAACUACAUCCACAGGGACCUGAGAGCCGCCAACAUUCUGGUGGCAGACAACCUGGUGUGUAAAAUCGCCGACUUUGGCCUGGCGCGGCUGAUCGAGGACAACGAGUACACCGCCAGACAAGGGGCCAAGUUCCCCAUUAAGUGGACCGCGCCGGAAGCAGCGCUUUAUGGACGCUUCACUAUCAAAUCAGACGUGUGGUCAUUUGGGAUACUACUGACUGAGCUGGUCACCAAGGGCAGAGUGCCCUAUCCAGGCAUGGUGAACCGGGAGGUGCUGGAGCAGGUGGAGCGCGGCUACCGCAUGCCGUGCCCCCAGGGCUGCCCCGACUCGCUCCACGAGAUGAUGCAUCAUUGCUGGAAGAAGGAGCCGGACGAGAGGCCCACCUUCGAGUACAUCCAGUCCUUCCUGGAGGACUACUUCACGGCCACCGAGCCCCAGUACCAGCCGGGAGACAACCUGUAGUCCCGCGGUCCUGGACUCGGUGACGCGAGUGAAGCAGCUGGAGCAAAGUGCAAGAGGCGGAAGAAAUGGCCACAACACUGUGAUCGAUACCAGACUAGUUAGUCCUCCUCAUUUCAAAUUGAAUUUCUACUGUUUUGUUUUUUUUAUAAGGAAUCAACUCUUUUUUUUUUUUUCCUGACCUUUUUUCUGUUUUCUGCAAAAAAAAAAUAAUAAUUCUCCGCCAUUUGAGUGGAAAGAUCUUUUAUAUGUACAGUAGUUUGUUGCGUUGGCAGACGGAGCAGGAAUGUACAGUAUGUGCGGGAAAAUGUUGUAGAAAGUGCCACCGGGGUGGAUGAAUGACAAGAUUACUUUUCUACCUUUUUUUAAUGCAUUUCAAAACUGACUGCAUCUUUAAUGCAAAAACACUAACUUUCAAGCAAAAAACAACAACAAUGUUUCUCGUGACCAUGCAGGUUGUUUGUGUUGCAUUAUCCUAUGAGGGGGGAAAUGACACCACAAGAAAACAAAGGGUGGUGUCUGAUCUAGCUCACCUUCGUAAACAUCUAUGGAUUUGACUUUUCUAUGUCGUGUAAUGUCAGUUCAACACCAAGUUUAUGUUCCAUCAACUCAACAUUAUACAACGUAACUUAAGCUAUGUUUACUGUCUGUCCAGGGAUGGGUG